AUGUUCAGUUCGUGCAGAUUUCCCUUUACGUUGUUGGGAACCCGACAGAAAUCUCGGGAAGUGCGUGUCGUUCGUUUCUGUUGUCGAGCAGCACAGGCAUGGAAAGCUCCAAAUCGGAAACUGCUUGUUUCCGAUUACGAAGUUUCAAGAUGUAGGACCAAGACGGUGGAACGGGUUUCAGUGUUCAUGCGCAAGGCCUGUGCUUCAUCUCCGCGUAUCCCUUGGUCGCACCAGCGUGCUUUUAGUACUUCGUGCGUCGCUCAGAGUGAUCCGUCUAGAAUUGAAGUUGUUCCUAGCGUCCCUUAUAUUCCUGAACUUCCUCCGCUCCCAACGGAUGCCGAAACGAACCUUGUGAAUGAAGUGUUACCUCAAGCUUUGAACGCUCUAGGAGAGCCUACCCUUGCAAGCUUGGGUCUUGGGAGUAACUGGCCUGCAGGCCUCGUCCAACAGCUCCUAGAAGCCAUCCAUGUUCACCUUGAUAUACCCUGGUGGGGUGCAAUAACGAUUAUCACCGUCGCCGUUCGUAUGCUUGUGUUCCCCUUAGUGAUCAGCGCGCAGAGAAACGGUGCGCAUAUGACAAACAAUCUGCCGCAGAUGCAGGUCAUCCAAAUGAAGCUCACGGAAGCCAGGCAAUCGGGGAAUUUCAUGGAAUCAACCCGUUAUGCCCAUGAGCUGAUGGCGUUCAUGAAAGAGAAAAACAUUAGUCCUUUAAAGAAUAUGAUGGUUCCCUUAGCGCAAGCUCCUGUUUUCGUCUCAGUGUUUAUUGGACUCCGGAAGAUGGCGAACUACCCGGUGGAGAGCAUGACCACAGGAGGCAUGUUAUGGUUUACAGAUCUAACCGUCCCUGAUCCGUUCUACGCCUUGCCUUUGAUCACAUGUUGCACAAUGUACUUGACAAUCAAGCUUGGCGCGGAUGGUGCAUCUUUGGCAAACCAGCAAGCUGCAAUGGCGAGGACGGUGUUGAAAUUCAUGCCGAUAGCGAUUUUUCCUUUCAUUAUGAAUUUUCCGGGAGCGAUAUUGGUUUACUGGGUUUCGACGAAUUUCAUAUCUCUCGCCCAAGUUUCUCUUUUGAGAAUCCCGACGAUUAGAGCGUAUUUCAAGAUUCCAAAGCAGGCUAAAAUUGAUGUUGACGCUUUGCCCAUGAAGCAGAAGAGUUUCGGGGAAGGUUUGAAGGACUCAUGGUCAAAUAUGAAGAUUGCCAAACAGCUCGAGGACCGACAACGUGUGGACGACUUGAAGUUCAGAGAUGCGGGUACAGGUCCACUGGUGAAGACUUACAAGUACGAUCCAACGAAGCAAAAAUUGGAAGAUGUAGCGCUCAAGGGUCGGCAGAGCUAA